CUUCAAAGAUGAUGUUUACUGCCAUCCACAGUCGGAUGGCGAGCAGCGGUGUUCGUCUAUGUCAGAGAGUCUGCGGAUGAGAGCUUACCGGGUUUCAACGCAUGCAGACCGCAGCGGUGGCAGGACGUGAUGGCUUCGGUCAAAGCUGGAGAGCCGCGAUGAAGCGUUUAACCACAAAUGGAAGACAACAAGUCCGAGAUUCCCUUGCAGAGCAACACAGUAGCAUGGCCACCACCUGCAAAUGGCACAACUUCAGUUUGAAAUGACAACAUGAUGAAGAGGGCCAUCGCCGACGGUGGCCGAGUACCCGACUGCCUGCAAGGAUGGGCUUUGUUGGGGUUUUGAACGUCGUCGAAGGAAUCAGCUGCUAGCGGCGCCAUGUGGGACAACAACACCAACCCAGCCAGCGCUGGCGUAGCAAGGGUCGUCUCCUCGGUCAGUGGCCUGGUGACGACCACCCCAGAGGCCAUGGUAUCGAGCGGCGGGAAUGUAACUUCGUUCAAAGCCCCGGGGGGUCAUGGGGCACCGACACCUUCGGUGCUGAGCGCCGCCGAGACUAACACUGUCCUGAAGGGCUUUAUGGUGGCAGCUCAGGCACUGGUACUCCUCUCCAUUUUCCUUCUCUCCAGCCUGGGUAAUUUUGCCGUCUUGAUUGUCAUCAUCAAACACCGGCAGCUCCAGACGGUGACCAACGCUUUCAUUAUGUCUCUGUCCAUGUCCGACUUCCUCACAGCCGUCCUAUGCCUGCCCUUCUCCUUUGUCAUGCUCUUCAGUAGGGACGGGGUCUGGAUGUUUGGGGAUGGUUUCUGUGUGGCCAACGGGUUUUUCAACACCUGCUUUGGCAUCGUGUCUACCUUGACUAUGACUUUGAUCUCGUUGGACAGGUACUACGCCAUCGUCAGGCAGCCACAGGCUAAAAUCGGGCGACCCAAAGCCACUAAGUUGUUAGUCGCCGUUUGGUUAGCUGCAGUUGUCUUCUCCCUUCCGUGGUAUCUGGUCACACAAAGGCCGAAAGAAAUCCACAAGCAGGGUUUCUACCACUGCAUGUACGUUUUCCACUCCGGGAGCUCCCACACGGGUGGAGCUUAUAGCAUCUGUCUUAUCAUUGUGUGUUUUUUACUGCCCUUUUCGCUGAUGUGUUUCUGUCAUUACAACAUCUGUAAGACAGUCCGCCUCUCGGAAAUACGAGUCAGACCUGUGACUACGUACGCGUACUUGCUGAGGUUCUACAGCGAGAUGCGCACGGCCACCACCGUCCUCAUUAUGAUUGUUUUCAUCAUUUUUUGCUGGGGGCCGUAUUGUUUAAUGGGGCUGAUCAGCGCAUUUGGAGACUACACUUUCACCCCUGUGAUGGACACAGCUGCCAUUUGGCUGGCUUGGGCCAAUGGAGCCAUCAACCCCCUCAUCUACGCCCUGAGGAACCCCAACAUAUCCAUGCUGCUGGGGCGCAGGAGAGAGGGGGGCUACCGCACCAGAAAUAUCGCACCGUACUUGUCCAGCCGCGCCCAGAACCGGGACAUUUGUCUUACUCAGGUGGAGAAGAUCAGGGGUCGCUACUUGAGUCGAGUGGGAAUGAGUCAUAACAGCAGACUGUCCAGUUCAAGUCCGGGCAAAGGAGCGGGGGCGGAGGUUACAAUGUGGGCCUGCAAAAACCCUGCCGUCUUUUUCUGCAGGGAUGCCCCCCCGGGUAGCACGGCGCCCCCCGCCGUUGUCAGCGCGCCGACAAUGAAGACAGCCGACACCAGUCUGUAAUCAUUGGUGGUGGUGGGGGGGAUUUGGGUAUCUCAUCCUCCAUUUUGGCAGUCAAAUUAAUUCCUCCAUGGUUUGCUGGCUUUUCCUCUGUGGAAGGACGGCAGUGACAAGCACCUUCCAGCGCUACUGCAAGUGCCUCCCGUGUGACGUUACUAUCCAUCCAUCCAUUUUCCUCCACUUAUCCGGGUCCAGGUCACGGGGGCAGCAGUCUCAGUAGGGAAGCCCAGACUUCCCGGUUCCCGGCCACCUUCUCCAGCUCCACCGGGAGGACACCAAGGCGUUCCCAGGCCAGCUGUGAGCCCUCCAGCGUGUCCUAGGUCUGCCUGGGACCUUUUCCCGGCUGGGCAUGCCCGGAACACCUCACCAGGGAGGCGUCCGGACUAGAUGCCCGAGCCACCUCAACUCAAUUCAGAAGACCCAUAUAAAUAAAAACAAGAGGAGGAACCGUACCUCGCCCGGGAUGUGGGAUACCGGGGCCUCACCCUGGAGCCAGGCCCGGGGGAGGGACCUGGUGGUCGGGCCUUCACCCGGCCAGCCCGAAGAAGCCACACGGGAUCUCCCCCUCGUAGACCCACCACCUACGGGGACAAGCAUAAGGGUCCGGUGCAUUGUGUGUUGGGUGGCGGUCAAGGGCGGGUGCCUGGGCGACCUGGUCUUUGGCAGCCAAAUCUGGAUGUUUACUAUAUGAAUUUUAUUGUUUGAUUGGCGAGAUUAAUGAUCAUAAAAUAUAUUACACAGUAAUAUGGUGGCCUCAUUUUAUUUAAUCCCUAAUCUGCAAAUUACUUAUGUUUAAAAAGAUUGGAAUCUUGGAAUUCCUCCCCCCAGCCCACACAUCACAGCUCCCCAUCUCUACCUACCCAUGCCAGGGAAGACCAAAUAUUCCCAAACAGGCCACCUUAAUGGCGGGAGGAAGUCUAUCGUUAGCCGUGACUGCCGCUAGCUAAAGGCUGGGCUGCACCCAGUUUGGCGUCAGAUUAGACACAUAAUGUCCACUUCCUGUCCAAACUGAAUGUGGACUCUGUGGGAAAUUGCAUUUCUGGAUCCGAUUCCAAAUCCAUGUCCGCCGACUGUACACCCGUAUUGAUUGGCACCGUUUCAUUUUGGGAUCUUCAUGAACUCAAAUGUCCAACACAGGAACGCUGUGAUGAUGAUGAUGAUAAUAAUCUGGUAUCAUGAUAAUCUCCAUUGUCUAUGAGUCGUCUGUGUGGUUUGUAUGACGUUCAUUUGAACCCAUGACAGGAUUAUGUCAUGACUCCAUGAUUUUUACGUGCUCACACAGCCACGUCUGAGACCGUCAGCAUAUUGUUAGCAUAUUAUUAUUAUUAUAAACGUAUCGCUUUUAAUGUUGUGGACUUAUUCUCUGUCAUAUUUGAUUGGAAUAAAAUUUUCACGUCAUAUUUGAUAUGUCACAGUGUUUUUUAUGAAAAAAAUGAUAAGCAUUUGGUUGCCUACUUUUCACUUUCCUGUAGAUGUGGUUCUCCUGGAGGGGUUUUA